AUGUGGAACGUCUCCUCAGGACCCGCCGUGGAAGAAAUUAGCAUCUCUCCCAAAGCAGUGCGCACUAUCGCCGACGGGCCCAUGGAUGAAAACUGGGUGCGCGCCCUGAACGAGAUCGAUGCACGAACGGCGGGUAUCGAAGCCAAGGCGUCGUCUUCUAGUGGCUUCAAAGCCAUUGAGGAUGUCAGACCGCUACUGGUCAAUGUGAAAGAUAGGGCCACUGAGCGAAUCCGGGAUUACUUGGUAUCACAGAUCCGAGCUAUACGAUCACCAAACAUCAAUGUGCAAAUUAUCCAACAGCAGCGAUUGGUGAAGUUCAAGGACCUCUUUAGCUAUCUCUUCAAAGUUCACCCUAAACUUGCCGGAGAGAUUUCCCAAGCUUAUAUUAACACAAUGCGCUGGUACUAUACUUCCAAUUUCACCCGCUACCUUCAAGCCCUUGAUAAGGUCAAGGUAUACCCAAGCGAUCGGAACGAAGUAUUAGGAGGAGACUCUCAUGGAAGCCGAGGGAGCAGUAUUCUCCAGAGCGGCCGAGCUGGCUCUGCCGCCCACGAUCCUUUCUCACUGGGCCGUCGGAUUGAUGUUCUUCGAAAUGGAAAUCAACAGGCACUCUCAUCCUAUCUCGCCGAAGAAGAUCAUUCUUAUCAUGGCAUCGAAACACCAUUCCGGAAUUUCAAUGUCGCUUUAGUGGAUAACAUAUCGGCGGAAUAUUCAUUCCUUAGUGAAUUCUUCCCACCUAUGACCUUCCAUCAAAUCUCGCGCAUGGCGACAGACAUCUUUGAGCCAUCUUUCACAAUUGGCUCCAACCUGACCAAAAAGCUGAUCGAAAACACCACGGACUCCUUGGGAGUACUCAUGUGCGUGCGACUGAAUCAACAUUCGGCUUUCGAGCUGCAACGGCGCAAGGUACCUGUCGCCGAUUCCUACGUAAAUGGAAUUAAUAUGCAGCUGUGGCCCCGCUUUCAAGUUAUUAUGGAUCUCCAUGGAGAGUCACUGAAGCGAGUUGGAUCAAAUACGGGGCGCAGCGCGGUCUCUGCCCUGUCGAUCGCUGGCGGCGAUGAUCUGAAGAACUCCUCUGCACCACACUUCCUGACGCAGAGAUUCGGACAAUUGAUGCAUGGAAUUCUUGUCCUCAGCAGUGACGCUGGUGAUGAUGAGCCUGUAUCCAAUAGUUUGGCUCGACUGAGAACCGAAUUCGACACUCUCCUGGCGAAGCUGAGUCGCAACGGCACGGAUGCAAAGCGCAGGGAACGUUUCCUUUUCAACAAUUAUUCCUUGAUCUUGACGAUUAUUAGUGAUACCCAAGGCAAAUUAGCAGUGGAGCAGCGACAGCAUUUGGACGAGAUGUUGAAGAAUUGUAGCAAGCGUUAA